AUGGCGCCCAUUCCAAAAACUCAAAGAACUAUUCACGAUGACUCUACCUCAAUUGGUAGACGCUUCGUUGAUCUUGCCAAGUUCCUGUCCUCAUUGAAAGGCGACUUGGAUCUUGCAAAUGUCACGGCCCCUCCAUUCUUCCUUGCUCCAUCUUCAGUCGUCGAAAAUCCAGGAAGCUGGGCUCAACGACCAUGUCUUUUUACAGCCCCGACCAACGAACUUGAUCCAGCAAAGCGAAGUUUAUCGGUUCUACAAUUAUUCCUUGCAGGUCUUCGGAGUCAAUUGUACGUUGCUGGUGCACCCAACGUUAGCAUCAAGAAGCCUCUCAACGCGUUUCUCGGCGAAUUGUUCCUUGCAUCAUGGAGUGAAGGAGACAGCAACACAAGAUUAGUCGUUGAGCAAGUCAGCCAUCAUCCACCAAUCACCGCCAUGCAUAUUGCCAGUGAAGGGAUCAGAGCCGAUGGAUACGGACGAGUCGAGAUGACGUUCAAUGGAAACAUCAACAUUCGCCAGAUGGGUCAUGCGGUGAUACACCUGGACAAGUUCGACGAGGAUUAUCUUGUUCCACUUACCGAUGUCACUGUACGAGGAUUCAUGUCUGCAUGUCUUUACCCAGAGAUCAUUGGCACAUAUACCAUCAACUCAAGUUCUGGGUAUGUCUCGGAAAUAGAUUUCUCAGGAACGGGCUUCUUUAGAGGAAAGAGGAAUUCCUUCGAAGCAAGAAUCUACCACAAAGAUCAACCAAAGAAAAUUUGCUACAAGGUUUCUGGAGUCUGGAGCGAGGGCUGGAAGAUCACAGACGCCAAUGGCGUGGUGGAAACAUACACUGUUGAACCAGAAAAGUCAUUCAUGGAUAUCAGCCCGGUCGAGAAACAAGAUCCACGGGAAUCAAGACGAGCAUGGGGAGAUGUCAUUUCGGCCUUGCAGCAAGGAAAUUACAGAGAUGCAUCUGCAGCAAAGCAUACAGUGGAGGAAGCUCAACGACAAAAGAGGAAAGAAGAGAAGAUGUCAGGAAAGACAUGGCAGCCAGCCUUGUUCAAUAGUGUUCCAGGAGAUGAGCAUGAUGUCUUUCAUCGGUUAUCAAAAGGAACAAAGUGGCAGCUUUACGAUGAAGAGACAAGAGGAGUUUGGAGAAUUGAUGAAGAGAGCUUGCGUCAUUUAGAUGCGAGACAAUAA